AUGUCGAAACGCGACAUCGUCCUCACCAAUGUCACCGUUGUCCAGCUGCUGCGACAGCCAUGCCCCGUGACCAGAGCACCACCGCGGCCAGGGCCCAAAGUUGAGGCAGAGCCACAGCCGCAGCCGCAGCCGCAGCCACAGCCGCAGCCGCAGCCGCAGCCGCAGCCUAUCAAGGAGGAGGUUCCACCUCCUCCACCUAAGGUUCCUGAGGUUCAGGAACUCACUGUUGGCAUCAAUGGGUUUGGACGCAUUGGUCGCCUGGUGCUGCGUGCCUGCAUGGAGAAAGGCAUUAAGGUGGUGGCAGUGAAUGAUCCAUUCAUUGACCCAGAAUACAUGGUGUACAUGUUUAAGUAUGACUCCACCCAUGGCCGAUACAAGGGGACUGUGGAAUACAAGAAUGGACGGCUGGUCGUGGAUAACCAGGAAAUCAGUGUCUUCCAGUGCAAACAGCCAAAAGAUAUCCCCUGGAAGUCUGUUGGGAGCCCCUUUGUGGUGGAGUCCACAGGCGUGUACCUGUCCUUAGAGGAAGCUUCCAACCACAUCGCGGCAGGUGCCUUACGUGUGGUCAUCUCCGCACCCUCACCAGAUGCACCUAUGUUUGUCAUGGGGGUGAAUGAAAAGGACUAUAACCCUGGCUCCAUGAAAAUUGUCAGCAAUGCAUCCUGCACUACCAACUGCCUGGCCCCCCUCGCCAAGGUCAUUCAUGAGCGAUUUGGGAUUGUGGAAGGACUGAUGACCACAGUCCAUUCCUACACGGCCACCCAGAAGACAGUGGAUGGGCCAUCAAAGAAGGCCUGGAGAGACGGACGGGGAGCCCAUCAGAACAUCAUUCCAGCCUCCACAGGGGCUGCCAAGGCUGUGGGCAAAGUCAUACCAGACCUCAAAGGGAAGCUGACAGGAAUGGCAUUCCGGGUGCCAACGCCAGAUGUAUCUGUCGUGGACUUGACAUGCCGCCUGGCCCAGCCUACCCCAUACUCAGCCAUCAAGGACGCCAUAAAAGCAGCAGCCAAGGGGCCCAUGGCUGGCAUCCUUGCCUACACGGAGGAUGAGGUUGUCUCUACGGACUUUGUCAGCGAUACACACUCGUCCAUCUUCGAUGCGAAAGCCGGCAUCGCACUCAACGACAACUUCGUUAAACUAAUUUCAUGGUACGACAACGAAUACGGCUAUAGUCACCGGGUGGUGGACCUCCUCUGUUACAUGUUUAGCCGAGACAAGUAA